AUGAGUACUUCAGGUUUAACUUGUACUCCGCCCAGAUUUCACUUUCGUUGGCGUUCAGAUCGUUUUGGUACAUCUCAGAGAAGUUCUCAACCUCUUACUGUUCUUUGCAAACUGAAUCGUGGAAAUGCCGCUUGGCCUGUUCUUCAGAGGACUCGUUUUACACUUCCUACACAACGAAACAAUGCUAUGGUCGUCCGUGCCAUGAGUGCUUCCUUUGGUGAUAUGGCAGAUGACCCAACUGCUGUUUUCCCUAGGAUCAAUGUCAAAGACCCAUACAAACGUCUUGGGAUAAGCAAGAUGGCUUCAGAGGAUGAGAUUCAAGGCGCGAGGAACUUUCUCAUUCAGCAGUACGCGGGUCACAAACCCAGUGUUGAUGCAAUCGAAUCAGCUCAUGACAAGAUUAUCAUGCAGAAGUUCCAUGAGAGGAAAAACCCGAAGAUCGACAUAAAGAAAAAGGUCCGCCAAGUGAGGCAGUCCAAAGUUGUCAACUUUGUUUUCGAGAGAUUCCAAACUCCUCCCUCUGCAUUCCUUGUCAAAACGGCAGUCACCUUUGCAGUUCUCGGUGUUCUUACGGUUCUGUUCCCAACGGAAGAAGGACCAACUCUUCAGGUUUUGUUAUCAGUAAUAGCUACGUUUUACUUCAUCAACCAAAGGCUGAAGAAGAAGCUCUGGUCUUUCCUUUACGGGACGGGAGCUUUCAUCUUCUCGUGGCUGCUUGGGACCUUCUUGAUGGUAUCCGUGAUCCCACCGUUCAUCAAAGGACCAAGAGGUUUCGAAGUCAUGUCUUCGCUCUUAAGCUACGUUUUGCUUUGGGUGGCUUCGAGCUACCUUAGGUAG